AUGUUCAUGCGAAGGAGUGCUAGCCUCUUGCGCCUUCCCGCUGUGCGGGCGAAGUCUGCGCUUGUCACUGCUAUGCCUUCCGACCCAGCCUAUGUCACCAACAAGCUCGCGCAGUUCGAUGCCAUGCAAUUCACGCCCAUCCGUGAGAGCACGGUUAGCCGAGAGAUGACCCGGCGCUACAUGAGUGAAAUGCUCGACUACGCGGAGACCGACGUGUGCAUUGUUGGUGCCGGUUCUGCUGGACUUUCGUGCGCCUACGAACUCUCCAAACAUCCGGACGUCAAGGUUGCAAUUGUCGAGCAGAACGUGGCACCAGGAGGUGGUUGCUGGCUGGGUGGGCAACUCAUGAGCUCCAUGGUCGUGCGCAAGCCUGCCGAUGAAUUCUUGGAUGAGCUGGAGGUUCCGUAUGACGACAAGGGUGACUACGUUGUUGUCAAGCACGCGGCCCUCUUCAUGUCCUCCGUCUUGCGCAAGGCGCUUCUGGCCCCGAACGUGAAGCUUUUCAACGCAGUUGCGGUGGAGGACCUCUUGGUGAAGCAAGAGGCAGAUGGCGUGGCCGUGCGUGGCGUUGUGACCAACUGGUCCCUCGUGACACAGAACCACGACACGCAGUCCUGUAUGGACCCGCAAGUCAUGGAGGCCAAGGUGGUCGUCACUGCUACUGGCCAUGAUGGUCCUAUGGGAGCCAGUUCAGCCAAGCGCUUGGAAUCCUUGGGAGCCUUGCCCUCAGGGCUUCCGGGAAUGGGUGCCCUGGACAUGAACACGGCAGAGGAUGCGGUGGUGCAGAUGACGAGCGAGGUCGUCCCAGGUCUGAUCUUUGCGGGCAUGGAAGUCGCUGAGGCACGUGGCUGCAACAGGAUGGGCCCCACCUUUGGUGCCAUGCUUCUCUCGGGCCAAAAGGCCGCCAAUCUCGCCAUCCAAGCUCUGAAGCGUGGAAGCUGA